CGAUUCUCUCCAACUCGAUGAGGCGGACACGCCACAACACGAUGGAGCUGCACCACUGCUUGUCUGUUCUGCUGUAACGCAGGUGUGACCUGGUUGAUCAAACUGAGGGAUCAUCGCGGGCCUGCAGCUGGAGAUGGCCGCUCUGAAGCCUGUUGAAUGAAUGCGCCAAUCCCUCAUUCCCUCAUCGCGGCCGCCCUGCUGAUCCACCUCGUCGUCACAGCCAUUUCAGCACCCAGAGCACACGCCUUCCCCCGCAACUCACCCCUCUCAUACACAGCUUCCGACAAGCACAGCAGCCAAAGGCGCCAUGUGGCUCUCUAUGGCCAGCAGCAGCCGGGCGGCAACCCCAUCAGCAGCUUCAUUGACGCCUUCACGGGCAAGGCUGCCGCCGAGCAGCGGGCGAGGGAGAGGGCGGAGACUGAGAGGCGGCGACAGGUUGUCUAUUCUCUCGAGGGAGAUGUGGACGAUGAUACGGCGCUUCACGAGGGAGGCAGGACCAUGCAACGCGAGCUGGAGAGCUGCACGAGUGCCGCUGACGUCCUGACAGCAGUCACUGAUGUACAACAUGACUCAUCUUUUGCCCCUGUUUCGGGAGACUUGCUCCGGCUCGCGUGGGGACGCAUCGAGCACCUCACGCCAUCUUUGCGCGCCGCGGCCGAGGUCAAGACCGAUCCCAGGCUGCCUCUGCUCGUCCAGCAAUCCGUCGCCAACAGCAUCGCCAAUCAAGACGCCUCAAUCGCGUCGGCGCUGCUCUCCUGUCUGGGCAAGCUGCGGCUGCGCGAGAGGGAGCUGGUCCCCAACGUGCCGUCGAUCAUGGGGGCGGCAGACCUAGUGGCUGCCCAGUGGGACAAGAUGCCCGUGCGCGCCCUGAUGGAUGCAUUACGGGGCCUUUCACAGCUGGGCGUGGCGACUGGGCCGCUCCUCUCCCAGCGCAUCGAUGCCGACACCAACAGGCGGAUGCGCACCUUCCUAUCGUCGGCUCAUCUCUCUUUACGCGACCUGGCGGACUUCCUCCGGUAUGCGACAGUAAUGCGGUGGGAGUUUGAUCAACUGGCCUCCCCGCUGCUGGUGGCCGCUGCGAGAUUGCUCAAGAGGGAGCGCAAGAGGGGCGGAAGGAAAGGCGAGUGCCACCCACACCUGGCGAGCUUGCUGCAUGGGCUGGCGAGGACCAAAUGCCAUCUCGCGAUGGGGCAGAGUGACGACGUCAGGACGGCAUAUGAGGGGGUUCUCACUGAGACGGCGACCAUUCUGAGGAGCGACCCCACACCGAUGGCGGCGAAGGAUGUGGCGCGACUGCUCAGGGGCCUCGCUGUGCUCCAGGAAGACAGCGGCCAAGACGAAAGCAGCGACAAGGAGCACCAAUGUUUAUUGAUGGCGGUGCUGCAGGUCGCCCAGAAGCGUCUCGUCAUCAGCAACGGCACGCAGCCGAUCGAGCCGACUGUCCACGUGCUGUCUGCGUUGCAGAGCUUCCCAAGGGGGCAGGGCGGCAUUUCUGACGGCCGGCUGGCGGCGCUGACGGCCCAUGUGCACUGCCAUGUGAAGCGGCUGUCUUUGCGGCAGGGCGGGGCCAUUCUCUCGGCUCUUGCUCGCUUGGACGUACGCGACAGUGAGCUGCUCUCUUUGCUUGCUCGCCGCAUGGAGGCGCUGAUCAAGACGCAGACGGGCAGACAGAAGAAAGGAGCGGUGCAGCAAGGGCAUGUCAGUGACCCUGCCAGUCCCCUGCUUCCAUCCCACUCCCGCCCCUUCGACUCCGAGCACGGCAUCACGAGCCCAAUCGCUACCGCUGUGUGGGCACUCGGUCGCCUCAAUUACCGCGAUAUGGCGCUGCUGGAGACGGCAGCCAGCUGGUCGCGUGUGGGAUAUGGUGGCAUGAGUGCUUUGGAGAAAAGCAUGAUGGUCUGGGGCUUCGGGCAAUGUGGUGUGCGUCCAGAGGGCCUGUUGGUGCGACUGAAGAGGGAGGGGGAGGGGUGGGUCAGCCGGCUGGGAGAUAGGGAGCUCGGAAUGGCGGCGGUAAGCUGAGCUGCGCCCGCCCCACCUUUCCUGAGCCGAUCAUGGUGUGCCGUAAUUGUUUGUGUUGCAGGUUGGUCUAGCCAAGAUUGGCUUUCAGUCGCCUUCACUGCUGUCGGCCAUCGCCAGGCGGGCCAUGUCCCUCUGCGAGCGCGGCCACCUGCCGCCACGUCAGCUGACCAACAUCCUCUGGUCCCUCGGCCGCCUGGGCGUCGUCCACAACCCCUUAAUGCGAGCCGCAUGCCAAAUGCUCACCUCCUCCCCACACCUGUUCCAGCUGCAAGAGGGCAUCGGGGUGCUGCUGGCUCUUGCGUGGCUGGACUACUGUGAUGAGAAUGUGGCUGCUGUGGUGGCGGGCGAGUGGGAGAGGCGUGUGCAGCAACACGACUACGAGCCGCAGCCCAUAGAACUGACGGCGUUCGUGUGGGCGCUGGGGCGGCUCCGGCCACACCAAUGCAUCGACAGCCAAGAGCUGCUGACGGCCACGUUGCCGUUCGUGAUCCGCCAAUUCGCGGCAUUCUCUCUCCCGCAGCUGUGCGACUACAUCUGGGGCAUCGGUCGCCUGCUCGCCGGCCAGACACAACCACUCACCGUCCUCUUCCAGGCCAUUGGUGAGCCGCUGAGCAGCCGGCUGGCGCAGGCGAGUCUGGCUGUGGGUGUGGGUGACGGCUAUGCGGACAUGUCAUUGAUGGACGGCAGGGGGGAGGAGAGGGAGGGAGGGGUCGGCAGGGAGACGUUUCGCACAGGCGAUUUGGCCAAGCUGACCAACACCAUGGCGCGUGCGAGGGUAGAGGGGCAGCACAAGCUGAAAGAGGUAGGCCGAAAGAGGCCAUGCAAUGCGGUCGUCCGGCUCCACAAAAUCGCUGCCUGUCGGUGUUCUUCAUGUUCUGUGUAUGCAGGCGCUUCUUUGGCACGUCUCUGACGCAUCAACGGUCCGGCAGCUGGACGUCGUGUCCCUGGUGGACAUUGCCCAGUCCCUCAGCAAACUCUACGCCUACUCUCCCACCUCGCACACGCCACAACAGUCCGACGCCGCGCGUAUGCAGCCCAUCCUCAAGCCCCUCAUGCUCAUUGCCGAUGAGGUCACCGCACGAGUGGCCUCACUGAGAACCGACAACAGCGAUCCCGAGCUGAGCCAGCUGACGGCUGAAGAGACUCUCCGCAAGAUGUCGAUCGUUUUCUGGGCGUUCGGGCGGCUGCGGUUUCACCACGCGGCCUUUAUGGAGGAGUUCUUUGCUUUAAUGCUGGCCCUGGUGCCCUGGUCGACAGGGCGGCGGCGCAGGAAGCAGUCUGACCGUUGUCUGGCGCCUCUCGCGUGGACGCUGUCUGACCACAAUUUGUGUCAGGUGUGGUGGGCGAUGGGACGGUUGCAGAUGAGGGAGGAGAGGGUGCUGGCCGUCAUGAGGGAGGCGCUCUUGCACCGGAUGAGGGCAGCGGGUGGGGAGGGAGGGGUCAUGAGGGCAUCGCAUUUAGCGCAAGUGGUGGUUUCUAUCGGGCAGCUACGCAUGCCGGACGAUCGCAAAGUGCUCGAUGACGUGAGUGAUACACACCAUACUACACAGAUCACGCACAUUGGCCAAUCCUUCCCUUCGUCAGGUCCGAGACCAUCUCGUCUCGUCCGGCCGGCUGGCCACCUUCCCGCCUCGCGAGCUGUCGAAUCUCAUGGGCGGCCUGGCGGCCUACAACUACAACGAUCCCGCCCUCCUGCACGCAGUGCAGCAACGCUUCGCCGCCGCCCAGCACCUCUUCUCUCAACGAGACAAGAUCGAGAUGCAAAACGCCUUCACACGGCUCAACCUGCCCCUCCCUCCCCUGGUCCCCCUCUCCAUCCCUUCACCACGACCACGGCCGCCCGACGGGCGUCCUUACAGAGGCAGGGGCGUGCUUUCGACAGAUGAGGACUUCGCCGAACGGGUGAAGGAGGAGGCGGCCUGGAGAUCUGGCGUGCAUCGGGGCAGCAGGAGCAAGGGUGUGGGUGAGCUCUCGCGGCUGCAGGUCCAGACGAGAGCUGCGGAGCGGCUGAUGGAGUAUCUGGUCGGGAGGCCAGAGGGCAACGAGGGAGACAAGGGAGGAGCUGCACAAAGUGCCAACGGGCACAGUAGUUCGUUUGAUGUGGGUGUGCUGGUCAACGGGGAAGGCAAGGGGAACGGGAGGCACGCAGGCAAGAGGAAACGAAUAAGGAGUGAAGCAACAAGGCGGUAGAUGUGUGUGAUGUGUGUGUGAGCGCUUUUCGGUGUUCAUGCUAGGCCAUGUCCAGUCCACCCGUGCAAGAGAUAGAUUUUUCCCUCUACGACUAUGUGGAUAUGCACACACGGGAAUGAAUGGGCGGGUGGACUCGACAGCAGCUUUAUUCUUCAAAGUGUGGCA